AUGGGGGUGCUCAACAGCGGCGUGGUGUACGCGCUCUGGGACUACAGCGCCGAGCUGGGCGACGAGCUGUCCUUCCGCGAGGGCCAGCCCGUCACCGUGCUGCGGCGCGACGCGCCCGACCAGCUCGACUGGUGGUGGGGCUCCCUCUACGGCCACGAGGGCUACGUGCCCAAGAACUACUUCGGGGCCCGGCCGCUGGAGCUGUCCAAGCUCAUCUACUGCUCCCGCACGGUGCCGGAGAUAGAGAAGGUCAUCGAGGAGCUGCGCAAACUCAUGGACUUCUACGAGAAGCAGCUGGGGGAGAAGGUGCCGUUCCUGGGGCUGGCGCUGAGCUCCAGGAAGAACCUGUGCGUCCACCCCGAGGUCCUGUCACCUCCCGUGUCCCCCAGUGUCCCCCUGGGCAUCCUCCAUUCCCCACCAGCACCUGGGGUCCCCUUGUCCCCCGUUUCCUGGGUGUCUCCUGUGCCCCCGUGUCCCCCCUGUCCCUGUGUCCCCUGUGUCCCGCAGGAGUUCGACACCCACGGGCGCGAGGUCCCCAUCCCCUACGGCAUCUACAACCUGGACGACCUCAAGGCCCACGGCCGCCAGAAGGGCUGGUGUCCCUAUUUCCUGGCCCGCUACUCGAUCCUGCACGCCAACAUCGUGGUCUACAGCUACCACUACCUGCUGGACCCCAAGAUCGCCGACCUGGUGUCCAAGGAGCUCGCCAGGAAGUCGGUGGUGGUGUUCGACGAGGCGCACAACAUCGGGGCCACCACGAAGGUCCCCGAGACCCUCUUUAAGUGUCCUGAACCCUUCCAGUCUCCGCUCCAGCUGGUCAUGGCCACCAUGCAGGGCCCCCGGUCCCCGCUGAGCGGCGCCGCCCCCGCAGAGGCCGUUCCCGGGAGCAUCCGCACGGCCGAGCACUUCGUGGGCUUCCUGCGGCGCUUCCUGGAGUACCUGAAGGCGCGCGUGCGCGUGCAGCGCGUGGCGCAGGAGAGCCCCCCGGCCUUCCUCAAGGACGUCUACGAGAAGGUCUGCAUCGAGCGCAAGCAGCUCCGCCGCCGCCCCGAGCGGCGGCGCUCGCUGCUGCGCACGCUGGAGAUUGCCGACGUCGCCGACUUCUCCGCCGUCACCCUCGUCGCCAACUUCGCCACCCUCGUCAGCACCUACUCCAAGGGUACCGCCGUGUCCCCGUGCGCUGGGGACACCGCCACGCUGUCGCCGCUGGACAUUUACCCCAAAAUCCUGGAUUUCCGCCCCGUCACCAUGGCGACCUUCACCAUGACGCUGGCCCGGACCUGCCUCUGCCCCAUGAUCGUGGGCCGCGGCAAUGACCAGGUGGCCAUCAGCUCCAAGUUCGAGACGCGCGAGGACAUUGGUAGGGGACGGGGACAGGGCUGCAGGGGACAGGGACAGGGUUAUAGGGCUGCAGGGGACAAGGAGAGGGGAUACAGAGCUGCCUGUGAGAACGGCCGCGGCGCCAUCCUGCUCUCGGUGGCCCGGGGGAAGGUGUCGGAGGGCAUCGAUUUCGUGCAUCACUACGGCCGGGCCGUCGUCAUGUUCGGGGUGCCCUACGUCUACACCCAGAGCCGCAUCCUCAAGGCCCGGCUCGAGUACCUGCGCGACCAGUUCCAGAUCCGCGAGAACGACUUCCUGACGUUCGACGCCAUGCGGCACGCGGCGCAGUGCGUGGGCCGGGCGCUGCGCGGCAAGACCGACUACGGCCUCAUGGUGUUCGCCGACAAGCGCUUCGCCCGUGCCGACAAGCGCGGGAAGCUGCCGCGCUGGAUCCAGGAGCACCUCACGGACGCCAACCUCAACCUCACGGUGGACGAGGCCGUCCAGGUGGCCAAGUUCUUCCUGCGCCAGAUGGCCCAGCCCUUCCAGCGGGAGGACCAGCUGGGCCUGUCCCUGCUCACGCUGGAGCAGCUCCAGUCGGAGGAGAUCCAGCAGCGCCUGGAGCAGAUCGCGCAGCAGGUGUGA